AUGGUAGGAACCAAAAAACAGCUCCACGACAACCUUUGCAUGGCCAUAUCAGGCGGCGAGGGUGGGCCUUGUGGUUGCGCCCUUGCUGGAUCUUCAUCGGCGGCCAUCAACUUUCGGUGUGACCUUGUCCCACCAACACCUUGCUUGGUAUCUUGUCAGAACACCCUAGGGGGGAAAAGUUGUAUUGGAAAGAACUUUAGGGGUUUCAUAGAGAUAAAUAUAACAAAAAUGGAAGAGAAGAAAGAAAUGUUAAACUCCAAUGUUGUUGGAAAUAGCGUGUCACAAUGUUCUCGGUGUAAUGAAUUGGAAGAAAGAUGCAAGAAAGCUGAAGUGAGCUGUGUGGAGUUAGAAAUAGAGUUUCUAAAGAAAAAGGAGCACUGUGACGAACUCGUGGCUAAAGUUAUGGCACUGGAGGGAGAAAAGUUUGAAUUUGAAGAUAAGUUGAAAUUUUUGAGUGAAGAACUUGAAAGGCUAAAAGAAGUUAGUUGUGGAAAAGCGGGAGAGAUAAAAGUAAUUGCUAAUUUGACAGAGGACAAUGAGCCUGUUCAGCUAUUGAUUGAAAACAAAGUUUUGCAAUGUGAGAAGAUUAGGGCCGAGAGUGAGGUUGAGGUCUGGAAAGACAAGUACCAGAAGUUGGAAUCAUGGGCCUUCCAGUUGGGGAUGGGAAGGGGCGGUUAUGAGGAAAAUGGAAAGAAACUAGAAAAUAAGCCAAUAAAUAAUGAAGGAAAUUUGCAUCUUGAUACAAGCUUUGGCUUCUGGCAGAAUCUGGAGAAGGUUGUGGCUUUGGGGAACAGAAAAAUUGGAGAUAUGCAGUCAGCAGGUAAUAACUUGGGUACCCAAUGGAAGCAUGGAAUUAUAGCUUUUGUUUGUUUAUUCUUUUGGUAA